UCAUAUUACAGAAUGAAUCAUAAUACAUUUCAGUAUGUGCUGCAGAACAUUCAAGACAAAAUUUCGAAACAGAACACAAAUUUUCGCAGAAGUAUAACAGCAGAAGAAAAAUUGUGUAUAACGAUAAGGUAUCUGUCCACUGGCAUCUCCUUUCAUGCACUAGCAUCGUCAUUCCGAUUAGGAGUGUCCACCGUAUCAGUGUUGGUGAAAGACGUUUGUAUGGCCAUAUGGGAGUCACUUGCCCCCAUUCAUUUACCAACGCCAACUGUUUCUCGAUUUAAAGAAAUUGCCAGUGAAAUGCAUACGAGAUGGGGAUUUCCAAACUGUGUUGGAUGUAUAGACGGGAAGCACAUACGUGUCCAAUGUCCUAAACUUUCUGGCAGCAUGUUUUACAAUUACAAACAGUAUUAUUCGAUUGUACUCCAAGCAGUUGCUGAUGCAAAUUACAAAUUUAUAGCUGUGGAUGUUGGUGCCUACGGUAAACAGUCUGAUGCAGGCGUGUUUAAAGAAAGUAUGUUAUAUAAGAAACUUACAAAUGGGGAGCUGUUAUUACCGCCACCAACAAGACUUGAAGGAAUGUGUCAGGAACUACCGUACGUCAUUUUGGGAGAUGAAGCUUACCCCUUAUUAGAGAAUUUGAUGAGACCUUUUCCUCGCAGAAAUUUGGACAACGAGAAGAUUCUAUACAAUGAUAUGCAUUCCAGAGCAAGAAAAGUUGUUGAAUGUGCAUUUAGUAUAAUGACCAAUAAAUGGAGACUACUGAGGAAGGAAAUUGAAACAUCCGUCUGA